GCACUAUUGUCUCCCAUCUGCUGCAGCGUUGAGACUGAAGUUAUUCGGAUUCCAACACACCGUCCUGUCCCGUCCCGUCCCUCAUCUAUCACAAGAACAAAACGGCCGACUCAUCUCUGCUCCUGCCAGUCAGUGACUUGGGGGACUGACGAGCGCAUGCAGCACCAUGGUUUCCGUUGCAAAAGUGGUCCUCGCAGUCUUUGGGGUCGCCGUGGUGGUGGUGUUGAUAACGGUGCCCACAGUGAUGUUUUUGAACGAAGAGGAGGUGGAGACCUUGAGGACAUUCAGCCUUGAUGAUGUCUUCAACAACACCCUGAAGCCCAAGUACUACAACAUGAGAUGGAUUUCAGAUCACGAGUAUCUCCACGAGACGGGGGGCUCCGUCUUCCUUCACGACGUGACAACAGGAAGCUCGGCCGAAUAUCUGAGCAGCGCCACAUUCGCGGAGACCAACGCCUUCGACUACCUGCUGUCAGCUGACCAGAAGUACGUCGCUUUCAUGAGCAAGCACGUCAAGCUCUGGAGGCAUUCCUUCACGGCUACGUAUUCAAUUUACCACCGGGAGAACGCGUCACGUCUUUCAACGCCUGACAUUCCGGGGGAGGUCCAGUAUUUCAAAUGGGCCCCUGAGGGGAACAGACUGGCAUUCGUUUGGAGAAAUAAUGUGUAUGUGAAGACUAGCUUUACUACGCCGGCAGCACAAGUAACUUUUAACGGACGUGGGAAUCAAAUAUUGAAUGGUGUCCCGGACUGGGUGUACGAAGAGGAGAUGUUCUCGUCACCCCAGGCGAUGUGGUGGUCACCUGGGGGCCGGUAUCUGGCCUACGCCGAGUUCAACGACACAGAGGUCCACACAAUACAGUACUCCUGGUAUGGCAAGGAGCAGUACCCACUUACAGUUUUCAUUCCAUAUCCCAAGCCAGGAACUCCCAACCCCGUGGUGAAACUGUUUGUGGUGGACGUCGCCAACACGACAAAGAUCACCCCAGUUGUUGUUCCGCCCUCCUUCGGCUCAGGCGAGCACUACCUGGCCACGGUCACAUGGGUGACGGAUGAGCGGGUGGCCGUCCAGUGGCUGAAGAGGAAACAAAACCAUGCCAUCAUUCAGAUCUACGACUUUGACGGGAACAAGUGGAACGCUAACGAGAAUUUUGAGCUGAGGAGCACCACUGGCUGGAUCGGUCGGUUUUCACCACCUGCUCCGGUCUUUGCUGCAGACACCAGAAGUUAUUACCUGGUGAUGAGCGACAACAGCGGCUUUAAACAUAUCCAUCGCGUGGGAGCGGGCCAGGCCAUACCUGUCACAUCAGGGGAAUGGGAGGUGAUUGACAUUCUCAAGGUGACCGCAGAUACCAUAUACUAUUCCAGUAACCAAGAUGGCAGCAGGCCUGGGGGCAAAAAUAUCUACAAGUGGACGGCUCGGGGAACUGAAUGUCUCACGUGCACACUUGAAAAGGAAAGCUGUCAAUACAACUCGGUAUACUUCAGCCACAACGCAUCCUACUACCGCACGGACUGCUACGGUCCUGGAGUUCCUCGCUCCUCGCUCAGGGCCAACGCGGGAGGGAAAGAGAUAAAGGUUCUGGAGAGCAACGGCGUGUUUUCCAGCCUGAUUAAGGACAUCCAAAUGCCCACCGUGCGCCGUGGCACUAUCCAAAUAGGAGAAUUCAAGCUCUGGUACAAGAUGACGCUGCCUCCGGGCUUUGACGAAUCCAAGAAGUACCCUUUGCUAAUAGACGUCUACGCCGGCCCUUGCAGUCAGAAAGUAAACUACCAGUACAGCGUGAGCUGGUCCACCUAUCUGGCCAGCACCGAGAAGAUCAUCGUCGCCAGUAUCGACGGAAGAGGAAGCGGUUACCAAGGCGAUAAGCUAAUGCAUCAAAUCUACCGACGUCUGGGAACCUAUGAGGUGGAGGAUCAGAUAACGGCAGCCAGGGAAUUUUCCAAAAUGAGCUAUGUUGACAAGGAAAAGAUUGCAAUUUGGGGUUGGUCCUACGGAGGUUAUGUGACGUCGAUGGCUCUGGGAGCAGGAAGUGGAGUGUUCAAGUGUGGCAUGGCCGUUGCCCCGGUCUCCAAGUGGGAAUAUUAUGACUCCAUCUACACAGAGCGCUACAUGAAUCAACCCUCAGAAAAUGCAGACUUCUACAGAAACUCCACGGUUACCGGCAGGGCUAACAACUUCCAUUCUGUGGAGUAUCUUCUAGUUCAUGGAACGGCUGACGACAACGUUCAUUUCCAGCAAGCAGCGCAGAUCUCCAAAGCCCUGGUUGACCAACAGGUUGACUUUGAGUCGAUGUGGUACACGGAUAAGGAUCACAGUCUGGGGGGCUCGGCCAACCGCCACGUCUACGUCCACAUGAGUCACUUCCUGAAGAAGAGUUUUGCAUGAGACCGUUAGGCCCAUUGCACUACAUAGGACCUGUUUUCAAAGCCUCAUAUGAACAAGGGAUAAGACUUCUGCAGGAAAUACUUUGAUUAUAAGCGAAAUGACAAGAAAAUGUUCAUCGUUGUUUCAUGGUAUUAUUUUUUUUUUGUUGGCACUGUGAUAAAUGGAGCAUUCAUGAGCUACACCAGAACGAAUACAAAGUGGUCCAUGUUCCCAAAGCCCCCCCACGUUAUGUCAGUUUUAACGUUGAAAUGUCGCAGCACAUAUUUCCCUACAUGAGGUUAUAAAUGGCGAAUGGCAUCUCUGGAGGUGCUCUGGCAAUCUGUCGUCAAUACCAACGCUUUACCUCUACGAUGAAGACCAAUGUUUCUUGAAACACCGGCAAAAAUCCUAAUCUAUAUUCUAUGCCCUAUAUUUAAGUGUUGUGUGAUUUCCCCUGUGCUGGAACAGCUGUGUGAACUUUAAAAACUGAUUGGAAGAAGUUGUCUCACAGUAAAACUGUGAUUUCAUGACACUGAAUCUACUACUACUACUUUCGGCUGCUCUCCUGAUUUCCUGAUACUGAAUAGCCGUCCAUCCAUCCAUUACCCAAACCGCUUAUCCUGCUCUCGGGGGCGCGAGGAUGCUGGAGCCUAUCCCAGCAGUCACCGGGCGGCAGGCGGGGAGACACCCUGGACAAGGGCGCCAGUCCAUCUCAGGGCCUGAUACUGAAUAUUUAGUCAAAAGUGACUGUUGGGAUAGGCUCCGGCAACCCCGCGACCCUGAGAGCGGGAUAAGCGGCUUGGAUAAUGGAUGAAAAUAUACCUGCAAGAUACAGUUCAUAGCUCAAUUUUACUAAAUCCACAGGAUUGUUGGAUUCACAUUUGUAAAGUAAUGUCAAAUAAUUAAAUGGAGAAAUAAAACCUAUUUUUGGU